CCACGCUGCUGCCCGCGGGGGCCACGUGGGCCUCAUGGAGUGGCUGCUGCAGAGGCGACCAGUCGGUGGUCCCCACUUUGCAGCGGGUAGCUUGCUGGAAGCAGCAGUGCAUGGUUGCCCCCUGGCAUGUGUGCUGCGGCUGUACCGUGACUGCCUGGGAGGGCAGCAGCGGCGGCUUGCUCAACUGGGGCCGGACGUCAAGGGCUGCAUCAUGGCAGCCGCUGCUGGUAGCCGCACACCCGACUGGCAGGCCAAGGUGGAGUGGCUGGAGGCACGGGGCUUCCCCAAGCCAGUGGAUGCCUGCAUCGGUGCAGCUAAGCAGCCAGAUGCGCUAGACCGUUUGACUUGGCUGCGAAGGAGGGGCUAUCCACUGUGCAGGGACGUGGUGCUGCAAGCCGCAGAACGGGGCAACUGUGAUGUGCUUUCCAAUCUGAUGGCACUGUGUCAGAUGACGAGAGGGGAGCCUGCAGCCAAAGCCGCUGCAGGUGGCCAGCUGGCUGCCCUACAGCUGCUGCAUGACCACGGCCGCCCCAUGGACGUUGAGACGGUGAAGGCCGCAGCCUCGGCUGGACACCUGCAUGUGGUGGUCUGGCUGGUGGAGACGCUGGGGGAAGCGUUACAACUGAAUCCAGUUGUGUUCAACGCAGCAGCCUGUUCAGGCAACCUUGCCUUGCUGAGGUGGCUGCACGAGCACGGCUGUCCCUGGGGCCCUGGGGCGAUCUGUGCAGCUGUGAGCAGUGGCUGUGAGGAGCUUUUGGAGUGGCUGCUGAAGCUGGGGCAGCAGGAGGGGGUUCCCUUCCCUUUGCCGCAUCUUGGCAGACUCUACAUGGCCCCCGCUCUGAGCCACGACUUGGCCACUCUGCGCUGGCUGCAGCAGGCGGGCUGUGGCUGGGACUCGGCGAGAUACACCUUCACGGACUAUUUGGACUGGUGCCUUGAGGUCCCCACUGCUAGCGCUGUUCCGGUGCUGAGCUGGCUGCUGGAGGCGGGCUGUCCGGUGGACUGGAGGGAAGCAAAGGCGAAAGCGGCGCAAAUGGAGAAGGCGGCGCAGCAGUGCACCAGGGGUGCGGCUGGCAUGGGAGGCCGCAAGGUGCGGAAGUGGCUGAACGAGAGAGCAGCAGCAGCAGCGGUGGCGGCAGCUGUGACGGCAGCAGCAGGGGAGGGGGCUGGCUUGUGAGGGCCGAAAGCCAGACAGCUCACCAAGUUACCAUGGGUGAAGGAAUUGGGGAGACGUGUGGAUAAGGCACGGGGUUGCGAGUGUGUGAGGUACAUUUGAAGGCAGUGGGGUGGUCACCGUAGGAUAAGUGAAUGCAGCCAUGAAUGCACGGAGGAGUGGGAGGCGAAUGGUUAAUCGUCAUUGGUGCUCACUGGGUACUGCGGGUGGUUAGUUGGUGCUAACCUCGGGCUGCAUGUGUCACGAGAUAGGACGACGUCGCUGCUCCCGCUGCACAUUUCCUGAAGGAUUGGGGAUACCGGGAAUAUAGGGGAGGUAGACGACGAUGAGGGAGAGAAUGUUCGUAUUUUGUUGUUGAGCUGAUUCUGUGUGUUUCUGGUUCGGACACGGGUCCAAUCACCGCUUGUUGGGCAUCAUUUUCUGUUGGUAUGGAAAAUUCAGGGGGCAAGGAGACAGUCAGGAUUCAGAUGGCUAGCUGAUGGCGGAUGUUGCGGGCUCUAUGCAUGGGCAUACGGCCUCUCUUCAGCAUUGGUGGCUUACAUGUGGUGGGUUGUUAUGGAACAGUCCUCAUGGAGAAGCUGUACGUAUUAGAUUGAGUGUGUGUGCCGUAGUGUGGAUCUGUACACCUAUCCAACAUGUUGGCAUAUAUUGCGCAUGGGUGAUUAAAGCAAAAGGGUAAGGCAGGAUCAUGGAGCAUGCCUGCAUGUGGGUUGGCCAAGGAACUGUG